CACGACGUCGUGCGGCGUGCAGACGUCAGCAAACUGCGCCGCGUCUUCGGGGUUCAACCGGAGCCGGCAGUUGGGCGGAACCAUCAGGGGUUCAUUGUCUUGUCCGCUUCAGAGGAUCUGUUUGAGUCCUGUCCAUCGGACCCUACCGGGGUACCUUCGAAUAAAAGCGGGCUAUGCUGCUGUUGCGUGUCGGUACCCUCUCCUGACGCCUCCUCCGCCCGGGUCAUGUUGACCUUCGUGGGUCGGGGCUGGGGGUGCGCACGCGCGCUCGCGCCGCGGGCCACAGGGGCCUCCAUUCUGGUGGUCCCGGGUUCCCGGCCCGCGUUAACCUUCGGGGCUGCUCGGGAGUCCUGGGCUACCGACAGGCUCUACAGCGCCGCUGACCUCAAGGAAAAACUUGACAUGUCUAGAUUUCCUGUUGAAAAUAUUAGAAAUUUCAGUAUCAUUGCACAUGUGGAUCAUGGCAAAAGUACUUUAGCUGACAGGCUCCUAGAACUUACAGGGACAAUUGAUAAAACAAAGAAUAAUAAGCAAGUUCUCGAUAAAUUGCAAGUGGAACGAGAAAGAGGAAUCACUGUUAAAGCACAGACAGCAUCUCUUUUUCACAAUUAUGAAGGAAAGCAGUACCUUUUAAAUCUCAUUGAUACACCAGGCCAUGUUGAUUUUAGUUACGAAGUAUCCAGGUCACUUUCUGCUUGCCAGGGAGUUUUACUCGUGGUUGAUGCAAAUGAGGGUAUUCAAGCCCAAACUGUAGCAAACUUCUUUCUUGCCUUUGAAGCACAGCUAUCGGUAAUUCCAGUUAUAAAUAAGAUAGAUCUGAAGAAUGCUGAUCCUGAAAGGGUUGAAAACCAAAUUGAGAAAGUGUUUGAUAUUCCAAGUGAUGAAUGUAUUAAGAUUUCUGCUAAACUUGGAACAAAUGUUGAGAGUGUUCUUCAGGCAGUUAUUGAAAGAAUCCCCCCUCCUAAAGUGCAUCGCAAAAAUCCCUUGAGAGCUUUGGUAUUUGACUCCACCUUUGACCACUAUAGAGGCGUGGUAGCCAAUGUAGCAUUAUUUGAUGGAGUGGUUUCCAAAGGAGAUAAAAUUGUAUCUGCACAUACUCAAAAGACAUACGAAGUUAAUGAAGUAGGAGUUUUGAAUCCUAAUGAGCAGCCAACUCAUAAAUUAUAUGCAGGACAGGUGGGCUAUCUGAUUGCUGGGAUGAAAGAUGUCACUGAAGCACAAAUAGGAGAUACAUUACAUUUACAUAAGCAACCAGUGGAGCCCUUGCCUGGGUUUAAAUCAGCGAAACCAAUGGUAUUUGCAGGAAUAUAUCCUGUAGACCAAUCUGAAUAUAACAAUCUGAAGAGUGCCAUAGAGAAACUGACUUUAAAUGAUUCCAGUGUGACAAUUCAUCGGGAUAGUAGCCUUGCUCUGGGUGCUGGCUGGAGGCUAGGAUUUCUUGGACUUUUGCACAUGGAAGUAUUCAACCAGCGACUAGAGCAAGAAUAUAAUGCUUCUGUUAUUUUGACAACCCCUACUGUUCCAUAUAAAGCUGUACUUUCAUCAUCAAAACUGAUAAAGGAAUAUAGAGAAAAAGAAAUUACAAUUAUCAAUCCUGCACAAUUCCCUGAUAAAUCAAAAGUAACAGAAUAUUUGGAGCCAGUUGUUUUGGGUACUAUUAUCACACCAGAUGAAUAUACUGGAAAAAUAAUGAUGCUAUGCCAGGCUCGAAGAGCAGUUCAGAAGAAUAUGAUGUUUAUUGAUCAAAAUAGAGUUAUGCUUAAGUAUCUCUUUCCUUUGAAUGAAAUUGUGGUAGAUUUUUAUGACUCUUUGAAAUCCCUAUCUUCUGGAUAUGCCAGAGACAAAGCACACUCGAUUGGCAAAGCCAUGUGCGAACGGCUCAAGGAUUGUCUUCCUAGGCAACUGUUUGAGAUAGCAAUUCAAGCUUCUAUUGGAAGUAAAAUCAUUGCAAGAGAAACUGUGAAAGCCUAUAGGAAAAAUGUUUUGGCAAAAUGUUAUGGUGGUGAUAUUACCCGAAAAAUGAAACUUUUGAAGAAACAAGCAGAAGGGAAAAAAAAGCUGAGGAAAAUUGGCAACAUUGAAGUUCCAAAAGAUACUUUUAUAAAAGUUCUGAAAACACAAUCUUCUAAAUAAUUGGUGGGGAAACAAAGAAUUUUAAUAAAUUAAAAACUAUCUUUUUCUCAUUGCAAUUUGUAAUAUGCUGACAACAGAAUGAAAAUUAUACAAUUUGCUUGUUACAUUCAGGGUUUUCAGGUUUAAAUAACCUACUAGCCUUUUGUUGAAAGGGAUUAAUGAGUGGGUAGGUAAGAGCUUAGAUUUUGAAGCAGUGUUGUCUGUUCUCUAAUACCUGUUCCAACCAUUCACUAGUAAGGUGACCUUGGCCAAAUUAACAUGUUUCCUCUUUGGUAAAAUUGAGAUUAUACUACUACCUACAUAGGUUGUUGUUGUUGUGAAGAUUAAAUGAGGUAAUACAUUAAAUACUCAGAAGUGCAUGACAUAGUAAGCACUCAAUCAUAACUAAAGUGCUUAAUGUCAUCAAAAGGUUCUCAGAAGCUGACUUUAAGCAAAAUGACAUGUAGAAGACAGUCCUUGAAUAAUGUCAUUUCCUUCUAAGUGGUUUAUAACAUUGAUGAGAAAAAAAGCCUUGGUUUCUUAAUGUAUCAUUUCAUUUAAAGUCACAAUUUCCAUGAAUCUCAGUAAGUGAGGACUUGCUAUAUUUUGUUUUCAUGGAGUUUUCCCUUACUGACACUAAAAGGCCCCAUACUUAAGAUUCCAUCUACUUUAAGUUAAAGGAUUUUAAAAAUCACCUUAAAUGUCACAUUUGUUAGCAGGAUUAAUUUAUCUGAUAUAUGAAUCAUUUAUUAAACAGUAAACUUAAAUAACAUACUAUCUAAACAUACGCUCCAGUUCGUGAUAAAAUGUUUAUAGAUUUUAUCAGGUUGUUAGUUUGAAACUAAUGGUUUACAUACAUCUAAGUUAAGGACGGGAGCUUUCUUUCAGACAUUCAGAACACAUUUGUGUAAAAUGACCAGAUGUUUGGUAUUACCAGGAGCUCUUAAUGAGUUUAAUAAUUGUCUGAAUUUCAUAAUUAAAGAGACUUAACUUUAAAGUAACUUGAGAUUUCAUAGCCAGUAAAUAUCUCUUCAAAGCUCUCAGCUCCCAUGUUUAUUCAGCCAAUGAACAAACCAGACUGCAGACUAUAUUACAGCAAGAUAACAUUAUUUAGCCAUUGAUCUUUAUCUUUUACCUUGAAUGAAUUGAAUGAAGAAAACGUAUUUUAGGGAUAAAUACUAUCAAGGUGGAAUUUUAUACUAAGGUUAUGUGAAAGAAAAAUAAAUCUUAAAAAUCACUAAGCCAAAGGGAAGUCAAGGUGGGAACUCACUGAGGCAAACCUGCCUCCCAUUUUAUUCCUAAAUAAGACAGCCCACAAAGAUAAAAUUUGCCCACAAGGAAAUUCCUUGUGGACAGGGGACAGACAGAACUCAAAGUCAUCCUUCUGUUCAUGUGAAACAGAUGCAUGAAUGAUUGCUUCCUCGGCCCCAUGUUUCAGUAAACCAGAUUAAAAUAUAACUGACUAUAUCUCUACCUUCCUCUCACAUGUAAAUUGUAUAUUCAGAGAAAGGCUAAUCAGAAAGUCAAAAGAAUGCAACCCUUUGCUCUUACCUGCCUAUGGUUAAAGCUCCCUCCCUUCUUCGAGCUGUCCCACCUUUUAGGACUAGUGUACACCUUACACACACUGAUUGAUGUCUCAUGUCUCACUAAAAUGUAUAAAACCAAGCUGUGCCCCAACCAACUUGGGCACAUGUGGUGAGGACCUCCUGAGGUUGUGUCAUAGGCACACCCUUAACCCUGGGAAAAUAAACUUUCUAAACUGACCUGAGACCUAUCUCAGAUAUUUUGAGCUCACAGUAUUAAAGUGCAGAUUUACUUAAAAUUACGUGUAGAAGUAGCCUGUGACAUAGUCCUAGAUACAUAAAUUAUCAUCUAAUGUAUCUUCCCUCCCCCUUCCAGCUUCUCAUAAAACACAGAUGAAAACUGAAAAACCAUGACAGUAGUAUUUUGAAAAUGACAUUAUUUGAGACUAAAAAAUAAUUUGUAAAACCAAGUGUUCUGUUCUAUCACUGCCAAGGGAAAGUUACAAAUUAGAACAUAAUAUGUACUAUGUGCUUGCUAUUUAAAAAUUUAUCAAUAUUAGCCUUUUUAAUUCAGAUUAAUUUUGUUUUCUUAACCUAUGACUCUUUAGGAAACCGUUUCAGUUAUAAUAGCACAAAAAAAAGCAUGUUCCAUAAGCUUAAUUUCUUUCCCCUUCCCACUUUCCCACUCAGAUGACUUAGUGAUUUGGAGUUGUGUGCUUUCUAAGUGUAUUCCUCAGAUGACCUAAUAUUACUAAGAUUUUAGCAAAUAUUAAAAUAUGUUUAAACACUUACCAAUAUUAAAAUAAGCACUGUUUAUUGAAUUUAAUAUGUGACAACCACCGUGCUGAGUUCUGUAUGCUUCCCUCAUUCAGUGUAUGUACAGGUUUGGGGGAAGAAACAGAGACUUCUUUAUUUCCCAAAGUCACAGUUCUUGACAGAGCUGGGAUUCAAUGGUUUCUUUCUUCAAAAAGUUAAGUUCUUUGCCUGACAGCAGCUUAGCUCGUGAGUUAGGGAAUGAAAGUGGCCAGUUUUCCACUCCUCAGCUUGUGGAGGAGCUUGAGUACAAGAACAUCAACUAAGCCCCUAACAUCAAGGGCAGGAAAAUGGAAAGGAGAAUUUUUAGACUUUUAAAGCACAGAAAUAACUGGUGAAUCAUGUACCACAGCAGGUACCUGUAACUUUUUCACUGUGAUGUUGUAUGACUUUCUAAGGUUGGUAGUCAGCAUAGUUUGUAGUAAACAAUUUUUAUUAUGGGAAGUAUAAGUGGAAUGCUACUGAUUCACUAUUUAAAAAACAUUUAUAAGGCUAUUAAAACAUCAUCUGGAAUUAAAGUAAAGCAGCAUAAUUUAUCCCACCCCAACUUUUAACCAUAAAACCCUAUUACCAAUUUUAUUUUAUUUUUUAUUUGCUAUUUUAAUAUUUUAAGAAACUAAAUACAUUUUAAUCACACAGACAAGCAGAUAAGUAAGGCUUCUUCUACCAGGUGGAUUUAUGAAAUGCAAAAUAAGCAAAAGAAAAACAUUUUGCUCCCCACAGACACAGAGAUGUCUUUUAACCCAAAUCUCCUAAUGCAUGAUGGCAGCAAACCCAAAAUAAACGUAGGGUCCUAUGUACUGUUCCUGUAACUGUUGGGAACUGAAUGUAUAUGUUCUUCAGUUUCACUUCUGGAAAUAAAAUUUAGAUAACUUUUUACACAGUUUAUUUGAGUUAAAGAUAGAAAACAAUAUGCUUUUAUGUAAAUUGCUAUGGCAAUCUAAAGUUUACAGUAAUUCCUUUUAUACAUACUUCAUAUCCUUUUAGACAUAAGGGAUAAAGCUAAUCAUAUACUAAGUUUAACAAUAAUCAGAAAAUAUUCUUCAAAAGAAUUUCCUGAAGUGGGUUGGUAGUUAUAAAGCUCAUAAUUGCCAAGAUACUUAUAUUAGGGAUAUGAACCCAAGUCAAUAAAUAAAAAUAAGAUAUUUGUAAAAAAGUGCUGUAGAAGAAGGUGCACAAAAAAACAUGCACUUACACAUACUUUCCAAAAGGAUGUAAACUGUACUUUUAGGCACUGACAUCUCUUCAAAUUUCCUUUACCAACGAUACAUAGCACAAUUUUUGAUGUCUAGAUGGUGCUGUAGGAAGAUGACUAAGGCAACCACGUGCAGAAAAGCAUGUGUGUAAUGCACAGAAAACAUAAAGAUCACAUUCCAAAAGUGAAGAUCUGAAAUGAGUUUGCCAUCUGAAAGGUCUGGAGUGUGUUCCUGUCAUUAAAAAAUGAAAAUAUAUGCCACCACUGGAGUCAUAUCACAAAAUGGUACCUGAUGUGUACACUCUACCUUUAAGAUGACUUUUUAAACAGGCAAGACAUUUCUAUGCUGUUUUAUAGGUGGCUAUGUGACUUCAGUACUUUAUAAUAAAUAGCCAGUCAAUCUUGAGAGCCAGCUACUUCUCUUAAAUUCUAGUACAAGAUAUAAAUAUUCAAAAUAUGGAAUGUUUAACGUAGAUAUUCGAUUGAAAAAAUGACAGUCUUCAAAAUUUCCCAAGUUUUGCUAUAUUGCAUAGCUGAAAAUUCAUCUACUACUUAGAAAAAAGUGCUCUGUUCAUUCAAGCAGAAUUUUGCUCCAAUCUCCUUCAAUUUCCUUCUUUCAUACUGUAUAGUGGAUCCACAAGUUUAUUGUGCACAUGCAUUAGACCUUAAAGAAAAAAAGCACAGUUCCAGUUGUUUUUGUUAAUUUUGAACUAUCUCAUUUAAUUUAGACAACAAAAUAUUUUUUAUAAGAUACAGUAAAUCUGUUUGGUUCUCAUCUUGAUAUAAAAUAGUCAAGUUUAUUGAAAAAGUACAAAUAGAAGUGUUUCAGAAUGUCUAGUUUUAUCUACCUAGCAAAUACCAAUUUAUAAUUAUGUAACAGUGCAGAUCUAGAAUGUGUACAGGUACUUCGGGAGUAACCAGAACAGCAGUUCUUGUCUUCAAAGAGAAUCAGUAUGACAAAUUUGAAUACUUAGAUAAUAUAUUUUAAUUACAUCUAAAAGUUUAUGUUGAUCUUGAUCCUCUGGCAGUUCCUCUACUAGAUUCUAGUGUGGGGCUCAGAACUGCUGUCUUAUUCUUAAUACAUUACCCUAUCCAUUCAUCUGGCAAAUUAUUUUCAACUAGUUUGGCAUGUGUAUUUACGACAAAGGUUAAUUACAAAUUCUACAUUGAGGGAAGGUUACUAAAACAUUACAGAAAACAACCUGUACUAAAUCAUUUACUUCAGAAUAGAAAUUUAGAUUUUAGAUCAGGUAGAUUGUAACUUUCAUUUUAUAAUUGGUACAUAUGCUUGCCUAUGAAAGCUUCUUGGGAAAUAACUGAUCUUCCAGUUGCUUCUGUCUUCAUGCGUCAGUACUAUAUUUCUUUGGGGAGGGCAAAAAGUUCUAAAAAGACUGUCUUUAACCCAAUUAAUAAACUAGAGAUUUUAUAUUUUGGAGGGUAAAUAAAUGAAUUAAAUUUUUCAGGUUAUUAAGAACAUGGGAGGCUGGGGAAAGGUAUUUACAACUCGGUUUUUGCAGGAAAUGGGAUUAAUGGAUUGGAGGGAUAGGGUGCUUGUUAGUACAUAGAUGUUCCUUGUCAGAAAGGCUGCAGAAGGCACUCUAAAAUCCCAGCUUUGAGAAAGACCCACUUUUAAGGGACAAGCAACAAACACUGGCAAGUGUUUGUGUAGUAGUAGAAAUUCUAACCAUAAGAACAGGAGUCUUCAAAGGAAGGAAGGGGGAAGCAUUCCAUUCACUAGUGCUGCAACUGAAAGAGAAUGCUUACUUCUCAACAGCCUACUUGAAGGUCAUAUUAGCACCUGAAACUUAACAACCAGUAGGAGAGGGAAAAACAAAGAUAAGGGUAGUAUCAGCUGUAUGAUUUAGAGGAGGUAGCAUUUUCCAGAGUAUGACUUUGUGGAGGAUUACUUUUCUACUUAAAUAGUAUUCAUCUGUCAUUUGCUAACAACUAUGAUUAUGGAAAGAAUACACAGAACUUUAAAAUACAUGAAACUUAACAUAUAAGGAAAAACAUAAAAAUUCAACUCUGUUAUAAAGUUUGUUUUUCUAUAUAUUGGAUGUAUCUUUUAUACAUCAAACAGGACUGCUUCCAAACUAGAAGUAAGUAUUUUGAAAACUCUCUUAAUGGCUUUUUAGAUAUUAAGUCAGAUAUUUACUGUGACCUCAGGUAAAAACCGACAACUUUCUACAUAUAAAUUUUAUAUAAAUAAUUGCUAGUUAAGUCAAUCAGAAAUAAUUAUUCUGAUAAAAAUGCACCAGACUUCCUGACACCUUACCAAAAGAAAGUUUAAAUGUCACAGAUUCUAACCAAUAUUUAAUCAAAGUAACUUUUAUGGUUUUGACUCAAAAUGAACUCAUUCUACCUUUGUCAAACUACUAGGGUGGAGCCUACAUACAAAGAGAAACAAAUUCAUGAUGACAAUGUCAUGAAAACAUACUAAAAUCAAAGACAUAAAGCUGUUCUAUUUAAAAAGCAAAAGUGAAAAGCAAGAAUGAAUAAAAUAAAUCCCCAGGUACUAAA